AUGGGACAACUCCAGCGCACUCCAUGUUUCCAGUGUCGAUUUCGUAAGGUCCGCUGCGAUCGCCGCCCAGGCAACUGUGAGAAUUGUGCCCGACUGGAAUUCGCAUGCUCUUUCUCUAAAGAAAGUGGAGUGACCUCCAGGUACAAUCCUACCAAAGAUCACCCACCAGAGCGGCGGCGGGGAAAUCAGGCUUGUACGGAAUGUCGUCAGCAGAAGUCGCGGUGCUCUGGGGAGAGCCCUGAAUGUGCGAAUUGCAUUCGAAGGCAACGUCGAUGUCGAUAUCCACCAACAAAAAAGCCUGCCCAAAUAAAGACUUGUAAGUCUUCCCGGCUGUAUUAUCCGCUUUACCCCUCUGACAAGUAUAGGCUGGUUUCAAUUGUCUCUCAUAAGGAGCUUCUCCAGAGUGUUCAUGACUAUUUUGAGUGGAUCUAUCCGCUGCCUUCAUACUCCUUUCUUCAUGAGCCGACAAUUCGAGAACAAAGCCAUAAUAAUACCCUGGACCAAUCUCUUGCUCUGGUCCUGGUCGCAAUCACAAAUUUAUUAUUAUCUGAAAAAGGCCAACCGUUGAAUGAGAGUCCGUCUCUCCUCAAAAAAGCAGAGACUAUCAUCUUGGACGAUCUGGAAAGGCCAAGUACUAUAAAACUCCAAGCCUUGAUUUUGAUAACCCAUUAUCAUAUCCAAACAGGCCGGUUCUCCAGAGCUUACAUGCUGACAGGGCUGGCUGCAAGAGCAGCUACUGCAUUGCGCCUCAAUUAUGAACGUCCCGAGUUGAGUUUCAUCGCCCAAGAGUCUCGUCGGCGAGUUCUCUGGGCUCUAACAGCCAUCGACGGUCAGUUUUCCGUGGGACUACCGGAAUAUGAAACAAUACCCCACACAAUAAUUUAUCAGCGCCUCCCAUGUCGAGAAAAUGUAUUCUCUACAGGGGAUUCAGGGCAUGCAGAAGCCCCGAUAUUGGCUCAUGUCCAUCUGGAGAAGGACUCGACCUCACCCAUCAGCUUACUGGGUGUAUGUAUUCGCCUUUCCAAAAUUCAAAAGGACAUCAUGCGCUUGACUAGACAAUUAGCUUUGUCAGAACAGCCUCUCGUACACCUGAUUGGUCUAGUUCAAGAAAUACAGAAAGACCUAUGGCGAGUACAGGCGGAUGUUGAGCUAUCUUUCGGAUAUCAAAUCACAUCUUCAACCCACUUGAUCGCUGCACAAGACGACCGUUGGUUCACGCGCUUCCUCCAAAUCGCUGUCUCCUGGCACCAGUCUCACUGCGAUCUAUACCGACUCUUUCUCCCCGGCUACCCAGAAGCCGCCCCAAAAAUCAUCAUUGGAGCGAUGGACAUCAGUAUUCGGGAACAUGCCGUGCGUCAAUGCCAUGAACAUGUUGAUCAUAUCAGUCGAAUACUUUCUGGCUUGCAGAAUCUCCCGUCUACCUUGAUACUGCCGCACUCAAUUGCCAUUUGUGCAUACCACGCAACACGAUUGACGCUCUUCCUUUCAUCGUCACCUGAUGUGAAUGUACCAUUGGAAAUGAGUGAUGCAAUCGCAAAAGCACAUAUAGCGGUAGCUGUCACUGAGACAUACUUCUCGGCUUCGCCGAGUACGAAGCAGAUUGUCUUGGAUUUGCAAGGGCUGGCGCGCACUGUAGGUACAGAGCCGGAGUCUAUAUAUAGGGAGUUGUGUAGUCCUUCUCCGCCUUUUGAUCAGGGGUUCUAUCGGCAUGGUCAUUUAGCGAUCCAUAGUUUGGUUCGACAGGCAGGUUUUGUGGAUGAUGGGUAUGAUUGA